AUGAUAAAAAAAAAUGGCAUACUGACAAAAGAUAUUAAAGAGCUAGAAAUUAAUCUUAAAAGGCAAACCCAGAAAUUGUCUGAACUUGAUAAGCUUAAAGUUAAUAUGAUGACAAGUAUAGAUACUGUAUCAAAAGAAAAUGCUCUGUAUGCAAAAGAUCUUAAAAAAGCUAACCGAGAUCUUCUGGAAGUGCGAGAAAAACAACACAUAGUGAAUAAAGGUGUAAAUGUACAAACUGAGCGAAUUGUACACUCACAAAUCGAAAAUGGUGGUACUUAUGUGGGAUCAUUGUCCGGUUGUGUUUCGGAAUUAGUACACAAGCAACCUAUUCAACAACCUAAGCAGAAAGUACUCGUUUUGACAGACAGCUAUGACUUACUAGUCAAUAAUAAUAUUGAGGAGGAUGAAAAUGUAAGAAAACUAUUUGGAUUAUUGAUUUUAAAAUCACCAACUAUUAAUAUGUGUCAUACAAUAUCAAAUAAACAUAAAAAUUAUUCUAAAGAGGCUAAAAUUGACACAAAAGAAGUUACUGCAACUGAUACUGAAGCUAAAAAUAGAAAUGCUGAUGUCGAGCACAAAGCAAAAAUAUACGUGGGAAAUGAUGCGACAAUAUUUUUGAACUAUUUCCAAAUUGAAAAUAAUGGUGAAAUAAUUUCCAAUGCUAGACAAACUAAUUUGAUCUUGUUUGCUUCACCGACAACGGACAUACAAGAAGUUGGACGAGUUUUGAGGCAUUUAUGGAUCAGCUUUAAAAUCUUGAAUGCUAUUGCACUUGUUCCUUGUAAAUACAAAGAGUCAGUGUUUGUUUAUAAACCUUUCCAACCAAACUCCAAUGGUGGCUAUGGACAAUUAUGGAUCCUAUCGUUGGAAACUCUACAAACCAAUCCUCAUUUGAAUACUGCAACCGCUUUAAACGGAUAUCCUUUAAAUAUUUCAAUAUUUUCUAGAUAUCCGACAGCUACAAAAGAGUUACCGUAUGUCAUGAAAGAUAGUAGGAUUUACGAUAAAAUCCCUACUACGUCAGGUUUUUAUGGUUUAGAUGGUAUGAUUAUAUCGGAACUCUAUCAGCUGAUGAAUUUUACCAUAGACAAAAGACGCAAUUCAACAAAUGAUUAUUAUGGAAUUGUUAUUAAUGGAACCCCAAGAGGAGUGAUGCAAGAAAUUGCUAACAGAACAUUGGAUUUGCAUGCCAAUGCAAGAUAUUUUGUAAAUUAUGAAUGGGACUGUCUUGAGUACACGACUUUAUUCAAAUUCGACUACAUAAGCGUUUUAGUACCAAAAUCACUUGAAAUGUUAAAAUGGUUAAAGUUGCGCAACAUCGCCUAUUCAAAGGAUACUUUCGGGUUUUUAAUUGCAACUAUCAUCUGCUCUAUUGUUAAUAUGUUUCUGAAAAAAUCCAUAGUGGAUGCUAUUUUGGAAAUCUAUUGCAUUGCCUUAGGUGUAGGGCAAAAAUCCAUUACAUUGUAUAGGAAACUGUCUAGAAGAGUUUUCAUAGGCUCUUGCAUGUUAUUUUUUAUGGUAAUGUUGCCAAUAUUUACAGCAAACAUGACUAGAUCUUUAAGUACUGCCUCAUUUCUGCCUGACAUUGAGAGUUUAAAGCAACUAGAUGCUAGUGGGUUGAUAAUAAAGUCCUCGACCAACGUUUUUCGCUUUCACAAUUCAGGAGUUUACAAACGAUUAUCAAAAAAAGUUGACCGCAAGUACGAAAAUGUCAGCGCCUUGGAUUUGGUAGUUCGAACCAAAAAAUAUGCCGGAUUAGAACAACUUUGGGAUGGCAAGCUGAAAAUCAUCACUCAGUAUACUUCGGAUAAUGGCCAGCCUUUGUUGCAUAUAGUUUCGGAAUAUGCGGCUGGACGUUAUAGUGGAUACGUGGUUCCUAAAGGUUCGCCUUAUUUGAAUAACAUCAACUAUUUGAUAACUAAAUUUGCAGAGGGAGGGUUUUUGCAAAAGUGGUAUUUUGAUUUCUUCAUUGGAUUUAGUGCCAAAGGAAGAAUGGAACGGAGAAAGAAGCGUAAAUCUGAUAUGGACCAAAGGGCAUUUAGCAUUGAGGAUAUUCAAGGAGCUUUUUGGAUUUUGGUGUUAGGUUAUACUCUCUCACUGAUUGUUUUUGUGUUUGAAAUGGUUUUUGGAAAAAUGUUCCAGUAA